AUGAUUGGAAGGCCUCCAAGAACAAGGAAUGAUAGAUAGUAAAAUCCAUAAAUUAGUGAGGACUAAUUAAAAAUGGAGCUUCAAAUGUAAGCUGAAAAUAAAAAGAGAGAAUUGCGAUUGUAGUAACUUUAAGAGAAAGAAGAAAAUUUAAAAUAAUUAGAGUAUGCAGGACAAGAUGUUGAAUCUUUUAGGAAUAAGGUUUAUGCAGAAUAUCAGGAUGUCGUUCCAUCGUAAUCGAAAGCUGAGUAAGAAAGAGCUGCUCGCAUUAAAUUGAGAGAAGAGGAGAGAUUGAGAAGAAAGAAUGGCUUAGGGAGUGCUUAUGAGUAGGAAAAAGAAAGGUUGCCUGUCUAGUUGGAAUAAAAGCUUUUACAAAAUUUGAAUCAAAUGAAUAACAACUAAAAUGGAGAUUGGUUAGAUAAAUAAUAAUUGGUUUCAAAUCAAAAUUAGCGUAAUGUAAAUCAUCAUCAUUAAUAAUAACCAGUUGUUAAUAAUUAUCCUGAUCAAGUCUAUGGAGUAAGAUAAAUUUAAUAGUCUUAACUUAAUAAUCAAAUGAAAAAUGAAUCAUAAAAAUAACCAGACAAGUAAAAUUAUGAAUAACGUUAUUAACCACCCCAAAUGAAUAAUAAUAGUAAUUAUUAGAAAAACAAAAUGAAUGAUGCAGCAGAAUAAGAAAGAGAAAAAAAAAGAAAAUAUAAGGAAUAAUUAGAUAUUUAGAUUAGUUAAAAAGGCUAAUAAAACUAACAAUAAAUUUAGAAUCAAUAAGGAUAGCAAUAAUAUUAUCAAUAAUAAAAUAAUUAGUAUCAAUAAUAAAAUUAAUAAUAGUAAUAAUAGUAUAAACCAAAUUCAUAAUAAAGUUAAAGAUAACCUUAAGUUGAGGUAGAUUUCUUCUCAAAGUUUGGGUAACCUCAGUCUUAAUAAGGUUGGAGAUAAUAAUAAAAAGAACCAUAAAACUAAGAUAAUGUAGCAGCAUAAAGAAUGAAAUAUAGAGAAGAACUUGAUAGAUAAAUUUAAGAAAAAAAAAAUAGAGAAAUGGAAUAAUAGUAAUAACGAAACCAAUAGGAGUUUGCAAAAAGGCCAGCUAGCAAUCCAACAAAUGUAUUUGAUUUCCCACAAGAAUAUGAUUAUAAAAAUAAUCCACCUCCUCAAUCUCCUAAUUAUUAUUAGCCUCCUUAAUCCGCACCCACAGAUGAUUAGACUAAAGGAAGAUUUCUGUAGAGGAGAUUUACUAGUGGAUAGCCUGAAGAUCCAUAAAAAUAAGUUUAAAAGGAACAAUAUGCAGAGGAAUUAAAGAGAUAAAUGGAAGAAAAAAAAAGAAAGAAAAAAUAGGAAGAAGAGGAAAAUAGAAGAAGGGAUGAAUUAGAAUAAUAACAAUUUUAGUAACAAUAAUAACUUGAGAAAAAAAGACAAGAAGAAUUAGUAAAAUAGAAAUAAGCUGAGCAAUUUGAAUUGCAAGCUUAAAAUAUGCAACAAAAAGAAGUAGGAAGAAGAGGGAAGCAAAAUAUAUAAAAUGAAUAAAUUCAUUAAGAUGUUAUUAAGAAAUCUGCCUUGUAAAUUCUAUCUCCAGAAAGUGAUAUCUAAAGAGAUUCUAUAUCAUAAGUUUAAGAUCAAAAGCAUUAAUAACAGUAAUAAUAUUUGCCACAGCAACAACCUCAAUAUUAAUAAUAUUUAUAACCACAUUAACCUGUUUAAUAAACACCCUAUUAGCCUAAUCCUUAUCAUCCUCCUAUGUCACCAUUACAAAAUGUUUAUAAUCAAUUUCAUUUAUAGGACAAUUUAUAACAAUAUUAAUAAGUGCUUUUUAAUGAUUAAAACACGCACAAUCCUUAGGCUAUCAUGGUUCAUUAAUAAUAUUUAAUGCAACUUCAAUAAAAUAGAUAGGAAAUUGAUCUUGUCAGAUAAAUAUUGGAAGAAAAAUUAAGAUUACAACAAAUAGAAAUGUAGAAUUAGCUAUUAAUUGAUUAAUACUAAAGGAAAGUAAUGGAUAUUUAAAGGGAGUAAAAAUUGUUUGAACAAGAAAUAGUUAAAUUGCAAGAUUUUAUUUAAGGGAAAUAAAAACGUCCUUUGGAUCCAACUGUUUUUGCAUCAAGUGUUUUUUUUAAUGCUCUAGGUAAAAAAGAUAAUUUAAAUUAAUCCCCACAUUAAUAACAGUUAGCAAAUAUACAACCUUUAAAAAUAUCUCCUUUUUAAUCACCAACAGCUAAUUCUUAAGCUCAUUAAUUUUAUAAAUAAAUUAAGUAAUCAGACAUCUCUUCUUAAUAUUCUCAUUAAUACGAAGAAGUAAAUUAGUUACAUUCUGAUAAGCAUUAAUAACCUUAUUCUUAAUAAUAAUAGCCUUUUUCGUAAUACUAAUAGUAAUAAUAAAUUUAUUCUUAGUAAUAAUAGUAAUAAUAAUAAUAAUAAUAAUAAUAAUAAUAAUAAUAAUAAUAAUAAUAAUAAUAAUAAUAAUAAUAAUAAUAAUAAUAAUAAUAAUAAUAGUAAUAAUAAUAUUAACUUUAAAUCCAUAAACCAAAAGGAAUUACAGAAUCUAUGAUUGAUAAUGAUGUUGAAUUACCUGGAGAAUCAGAGUAUGUAAAUUAUACUGAGGAAUAAUUAGGAAAGAGUUUUAUGCCAGAAUAUAGGGAAUUAAAAUUAAAAACUCAGCAAUCGUAAAAUUUUAAAUAGACUGAAAAUGCAAAAACCUUGUAAUCGUAAUAAUUCAAAACACUUUAAUCAUAGAAUUUUUCAAAUAACGAUUUUUAAUUAAAUUAAUAAUAAAAAUCAUCAAUUACAGAUGAGAGUUGUGAAUUACCAAAUCAUGUAGUUUAGAAAUCUAUACCUCCAUAAUUAAGUAGAGUUUAAGUAAGCGAUAAUAAAUCAGGCAAUUUUUAAGAUGAAGAAAUUGAGGAAUCAAAUGAAAGUGUAGAUGAAGAAGAGUAUGAGCAGAAGGAUUUUGAACCUGAGGAGGAAGUAGUGAAUGAACCUAAUGAUGAUAACCCAUUUGAUCAACAAGAUGAAUAGGAUGAUGAAAAUGAGGACUCAGAUAAAGAACAAUACGAUAUUGAGAUACCAAACCCACAGAAUUAUGAUUUGAAUAUGUUAAAGACUUAAGAAUAUUAUGCCAUGUUUGUCGAAAAUAUAAAGCCUUAAUCAAGAUAGUAAGAACUAAAAUUUCCAACAAAAUUACUUCAAUAAAAUACGUUAAAGUUGAACAAUGAUACAAUAUAAUAAUCAAGUAUGUGUGAUUAAAGUGAAAUCGUAGAAAGUUAGGUAAAAUUUGAAAAUGAGAAAUAAGGAGAUGUUGAAGAGGUUCAAAUGAGUCAGGCUUAGUUUUCUGUGUAUUAGUAAUCCAUGGCAAUACCAGAGGAUGAAGAACCUUCCUAGCCUACUGCAUCAUAGAAAGCACUCAAAAAUUCAAGCAGAAAAUAUUAAAAACCUAAAACGGUUGAUAUUUUUAAAAAUGAGCAACCUAGAAAUUCAAAUCCAUAAUCUCAAAACUAAAUUCCUCAAUUUUAGGAGCAAUCUAGAUUCACUAAUCAAUAAAUUCCAGAUUAAUCAAGAUGUACUAAUUUAUAGAUGCCUGAUCAAUCUCGUUGCACCAAUCAAAAUCCAAUAGCUUCUCAAACUUUUCUGUAUCAACCAAGAGUAGAAUUAGUUAAAUCCAGAUUAGAAAAUCUGUUUUAACACACGAACGAAAUAAUGGGUGAUCUACCUAAAGUAAAAGUUGAAAAGAUAGUGGCUGUUGAUGAUGAUGAAAUCAAAUCUUAUAAAAUAGAAGAAAAUUCACAGUGGCAAUAACAAUUAGAUUUGUUUGCCUACGAACAAAGCCAUAGUUGA